AUGGUCACCAAGUCUCAAGGAAUACAUCAGGAAACUGGAGAGGAUACAAAGAGCAGCAACAAAGAUGAUCCCAAACUUAAGAGAAAAGACAUACAAAAUGAGACUAGAAAAACUAAACCUUCCAAUUCUGGGACAAAGAAGGGAGAGAAGAGACGUCAAAUUGUCAGUGAAUCUUCAGAAAUUUCAGCAGUGCUGGCAACACUACCUUCAACCAAUCACUCCAUCUCAUUGUGUCUCCCAGCUCUACUGUCUGUACUAGGGUCUGUACAGGAUGCAUUCUUGUCUCUGUCCCGUACAGAGCCAGUGAACGUAUCCCCCCACUUCACCCCACCCCGCCUAUGUCUCUCUCGCUGUCUCGCACACAUUAGUUCAGGGCACGCUCAGCUCCCCCACUCCUCUCCCAGUCAUUCCCAGCCAUUCCAUUCCCAACCAAUCCUCCCCCAGCCAUUCCCAGACACAGCCCUCCCAGCCAUUACCAGCCAUUCCUCUCUCAACCAUUACCAGUUACUCCUCUCCCAGCCAAUUCCAGACACUCCCCUAACAGCCAUUCCCAGCCACUCCUCUCCCAGUCUCUCCCAGCUACUUCUCCCUCAGCCAUUCCCAGCAACUCCUUCCCUACCAUUCCCAGCCACUCCUCUCCCAGCCAUUCCUAACCAAUGCCCUCACAGUCUCUCCCAUCCCCAUCUCCCCCAGCCAUUUCCACCCACUGCCCUCCCUGCCUCUCAAAGCCACUCCUACCCCGGACACACAAAGGUGAUCCUCCCCAUCAAUUUUCAACCACACCCCUCCCAGCCUCUCCCAGCCAUACAAAGCCAUUCACAGCCACUUCUCUCCCAGCCUCUUCUCCCCCCACCCAUUCCCAGGCUCUCCCAGCCAUUCCCAGCCUCUCCUAGCCACUCCCAGCUUCUCUCCCAGCUAUUCCCAGCCAUUCCCAUCUCAGCCAUUCCCAGCCACUCAAGAUUCAGCUAUUCCCAGUCACUCCUCUCCCAGACAUUCCCAGCUACACCCCCUUUCAGCUAUUCCCAAGUACUAAUCUCCCAGCCAUUUUCAGCCACUCCUUUCCCAGCCAUUCCCCGCCACUCCUUUCCCAGUCAUUCCAAGCCACUCUUCUCCCAGCUAUUUCCAGCCAUUCACAGCCACUCCUCUCCCGGUCUAUCCCAGCUCCUUCACCCCCAGUCAUUCUCAGCCAGUCCCCUCCCAGCCUCUCCUCCCCCAGCCAUCCCCAGCCGCUCCAUUCCCAGCCACUCCUCCCACAGCCAUUCCCAGCCUCUCCCAGUCGCUCCUCUCCCAGCCAUUCCUUGUUACUCCUCUUCCAGCCAAUGCCAGCCAUUCCUCUCACAGCCAUUCCCAGCCACUCCUCUCCCAGCCAUUGCUAACCACUCCUCUCCCAGACACUUCUACUCCAGCCAUUCCCAGCCACUCCCCUCCCUGCCCCUCCCAGCCAUUCUUCCCCCAACCAUUCCCAGCCUCUCUUAG